UCGAUGUAAAAGGAACGCCGCCAUUUUGACAUUUGUUUAGCUUUGUGUUCUGCAAUAUAAAAUUAACAUCAAAUUAAACCAAUUGUUAGCCGUAUGCUUUUGUUUCCGUCAUAUAAUUAUUUGUCUGGUUAGAGUGAAUAAAAUCAUACGCAUCGGUGAUUUAAAUUUCCCUUUCCCAGCGCAUAAAUCAAUACUGUGCUAGUGCCGCUUUUUUUUUAUUUUUGCGAUUACAAUAUCGCAAUAAUUCUGAACUUAUAGUGAUUUAAAACAUAGUUGUUGGUGUUUUUAUAUUAUUUAAUGCACUUGUGAAGUAAUAAAUUUCCUAAAGUUUAUAAAUAAUGUUGUGAAAAGUGAAAGAAAAAAGGGCGCGAAGCAUCGCGCGCCGAAGCGCUCGCACAGCCGAGACGAAAAUUAUUUUGUAGUUUCUUUUGGUUCGUGAUGUAUAAAUAUUUACGUUUAUAUCACAUAAAUAUUUUAAAGGACACUAUCUAACACUACAAAUCAUAUAAAUUGAAACCAUAUCAUUGCGAUGCGGUUAAGAAGUAAGAAGCGGGAGCAGCGGCUCUCAAAGCGAAUUUCACAAAAAGUAACGAAAGUAAAACAAAAAUCACUGAAUCAAACAUUCGUUAAGAAGAAGUGGAAAGAGAUAUUGAAUGAUGAUAACAUCCUAUCAUCAGAUUCCGUUAUACACUGCACUCGUUCGAAACGUAAUGCACUAGGAGUUAAAACACGUCCAGUCAGAACAAAAAUCGUCAAAAUGGAGAAACCAGUAGAGUCGAAAAAGAGGGAGGAGGUAAAGAAACCAGUGUUUCAAACUGUCGUCCGCAGUUCCAACAAGGACACAGUAUCAUCAACAACUGUUAAGCUUAAGGAAAAAGCCACAACAUCCAAAAAUAAGAUCAAAGAUGUUCGCACAACUCGCAGUGUUCAACUGCGGCAGAGUUCUUUAAACCGAGAACUGAGAAAGACUGAAUCCGUGUCGUCAGCUUUGAGUUCCCCGCGGAAAACUAGACGUAUGGAUAAAACGGAGAAAUCUGCGUCUUUAAACAGUUCCCCAAUUCGUAAAGUAAGACAGUUGGGUACACCAACACCACGGCUGAACAAAAUCGCCAUAAGUUCGACAAACGAGAGCCCUAAAAAGAAAAUAAAACCAAAAGCACCCAUAGUGCCAGAAGUUAGUUACUCUGAAGACAACGAUGUAACAAUGUACGAGCCUCACACCACAACAGUUGAUUUUCCCAAAGAAGAAUCUGAUACAGACACACAUGUUGAAUCAACGGAACUAUGCCUGCCUAACGAUUGCCUCAACGAUUUCAUGGCUUUGGACUGCGUUCAGUUGAUCAAUGGGGGUAUUUCCACAGAGGAAGAUAUUAACUUGCUAGCGGAUAAAGCAGCCAGGGUCAUGACAACGGAGAAGGAGGAUGUGCAACGGAAAGUGUCGACGGAUAAACGAUUAACGAAACGCAGGAAGUCGAGCAAUGAUUUAGAAAUGUAUCAGCCUACGUCAACGACUGAUGAUUUGGAUGUGUGUACUGACUUCUUGAGUACAGAUGAAAAAUAUGCUCAGCCUGACUUUGUGUCCCUCCUGGAACAAGAGACAUACGUCCACGACUCAGAGUGCGAGAUAUCGUCAACAUGUGACCAAGGAACGGCCAUCGAGAGUCUAGAAGCGUUAUCUGCUAGGAGCCCCAGUAGUGGCUUCCUCGCUGAGAUCAGUCAAAGUUUGGCUGCGGAGGCUGGUGGAUGGAGCGCUGACAUAGUAACAGAUGAAAAUUCAUUGACAUGUCACGAUGAAAUAACACCAGAUAUUGAGGAAGAAGCGGUGGACGUAAUAACAUCAUGCAGUACCAGAGUGGACGCAGAACAGAUUUCAUCAUGGGCCGAGGCGUUUGAUCCAUAUCUGUUUAUUAAACAGUUACCACCCCUAGAGAGCGUGGCUACAGGAGCUCUAAGAGCUAGAUAUCCAGCAUUACCUUUGAAGACUAGAACCAGCCCUGAUUUUAGCUUGGUUUUAGAUUUAGACGAGACACUAGUGCAUUGUUCGCUUCAAGAGUUGCCAGACGCAAGUUUCCAUUUCCCAGUACUGUUUCAAGAUUGUCGAUACACGGUAUUCGUCCGUACUCGGCCACACUUCGCCCAUUUCCUAUCACGUGUGUCCCGCCUCUACGAAGUGAUAUUAUUUACUGCGAGCAAGCGAGUGUAUGCAGAUCGGCUUCUAGAUCUUUUGGAUCCGAGACGUCGCUGGAUUAAGUACCGAUUGUUCCGUGAGCACUGUCUCCUCGUGAACGGCAACUAUGUGAAGGAUCUAUCGAUCCUCGGCCGUGAUCUACGCAAGACUGUCAUCGUUGAUAAUAGCCCGCAGGCAUUCGGCUAUCAACUUGAAAACGGCAUACCAAUAGACAGUUGGUUCGUGGAUAAGAGUGACAACGAGUUGCUCAAACUGAUCCCCUUCCUUGAACAUUUGGCUACUAAAGACGACGUACGGCCGUACAUACGGGAUAAAUACAAGCUCUUCAGUUAUUUACCUCCUGAUUAAAUAUAUAAUAGAUAUUCAUAUAUU